GUUCUCGGCCGCAACCAUGGAUGUCCGCGACCAGCUACCAUCCGUCAAUCCAAUCCCUGACUGCGCGCGCUCCUGCCUUACCGCAGCAGCAGCAGAGGCAUCGUGCAGUCUGACGGAGGCUAUAUGUGUCUGCUAUGACCAGACCGUAGCCAAAGCGAUGGGGACGUGUGUUGCGCAAGCGUGCUCGGUUUCAGAUAUCUUCUCCGUCAAGCGGUACUCAGACACGAUCUGUGGUGCUAAACCCAGGGCGCAGACCCAGGCACUUGUCGUAGUGAGCACCAUGUUCCUGGUGAUCAUGAUUGUCUGCGUUCUCAUGAGAACUGUUGCCCGGGUUCUUAACCGCAACUACGGCCUCGACGACCUCGCCAUUAGCCUCAGCGUGGGUAUCGCCGUUGCAAUCGCCGCCAUUGUUUACCCCACCAGUAAUCUAGGGUUAGGAACCGACAUUUGGUAUCUUGAGCGCCCAAAAAUAGACCAUUUACUCUAUCUCUUCGUUGUGACCACAUAUCUGUAUAUCCCAUGCCUGGCGGUGAUCAAGAUCUCAAUGCUGCUGCUCUAUCUGCGGAUAUUUCCCAACCGGAAUCUGCGCAUUGCAACCUUCAUCAUGCUCGCCAUCGUCAGCAUGUGGGGUGUCGCAUAUACCCUGGUCAUAAUCUGGAUAUGCAGCCCGCGAAGCUUCGCCUGGCUAGGCUGGGACGGCGAGCAUACCGGUACUUGCGUGAAUUCGAUGGUUGUCCAGGUCUCCCAUGCUAUACUCAACAUCGUAUUUGAUGUCAUUGUGCUUGGCAUGCCUCUUCCUGUCUUGCUAAGACUGGACAUGUCCAAAACGAAGAAGGCUGGUGUCUGUGUGAUGUUUCUUACUGGAUUUAUCGUGACUGCCCUGAGUAUUGUUCGAGUGGUCACAACGUACAACUUCCUAAAAUCCCGGAACCAGACGAGAGAUUUCAUUCCUUUUUGCAUCUGGAACAUUCUUGAGAUUGAUCUUGGCAUCAUUUGCUCGUGCUUACCCGGAAUGCGUGCUCUUCUCAAGAUUAUCAUUCCGGGCUGUGGAAGCACAAAUGAAGCCUCAGACUACGACUACAGUUCACCGCAGGAGGUCCCGGGAAACUCAAGGAAUCUGCACAACAAAUCAUUCCAUCUCAGUGUAGACGGGAGUGGACGGGUACGGUCAAGUACAAGGAGGGAGAGAAAUGCAUUCGUGCCCCUUCCCGAUUUGCCUCCAGUCCGGAGCAGACUGAUUAGUCACUUGCCUGAAAACUGGAUGGCUGAAAGGAGUCGCAGCUCAUAGGUAGUCAUGCUGGCCGUGUACUACGCAAUACCGACGGUUUGUUGGGGAUAAUAAUGCCUUUAUGAAGAUUUGAUUUUGCUGGGAGAGCCAGACCUGCACGGUAGCCAUACCUCAUGAUUUAGACGUGUCUACUAU